CAUCCCUCACUAACACAAGGCGCCGAGGCGCCAGAGGCCGCGAGAGCGGGGCGGAGCCACCAGCUCACGAUGUCCAAUGAGAACGUAAGAACAGUGCUUGGGGCGGGACCUGCUGCUCUUUCAAAAGCCGGUUACAGAAGAUGGCGUCUCGGCCGCGGCGGCACCCCUCGAGAUAUGCAAAGCUGCCGCGGGGUAACUUUGAUGAUGGCGUUAAGAAGGCUACUGACGAACCUUCCUUUGCGACUUCUAUGGAGUGGGACACGCAGGUGGUGAAGGGGUCCUCGCCGCUAGGCCCCGCGGGGCUGGGGGCAGAGGAGCUGCCGUCCGGCCUGCAGCUGCCGUGGUGGCUGCAGCCCGACAGGUGCGCCGUGUUCCAGUGCGCUCAGUGCCACGCCGUGCUCGCUGACUCCGUGCACCUCGCCUGGGACCUCUCCCGGUCCCUCGCAGCCGUGGUCUUCUCCAGAGUCACAAAUAACGUGGUUUGGGAAGCUCCCUUGCUAUUUGGCAUUGAAGGGUCGCUCAAAGGCAGCACUUACAACCUUCUAUUCUGUAGUUCCUGUGGUGUUUCUAUUGGUUUUCAUCUGUAUUCUACCCAUGCUGCCCUGGCUGCCUUGAGAGGUCACUUCUGCCUUUCCAGUGACAAAAUGGUAUGCUAUCUCUUAAAAACAAAAGCCAUAGUAAAUGCAUCUGAGAUGGAUAUUCACAACAUGCCUCUACCAGAAAAGGUUGCAGAGCUGAAAGAGAAGAUAAUGUUAAUGCAUACUCGCUUAAAUUCACUGAUGAAGAUUCUGAAGGAAGCAACUCCUGACCAGUCCAAGCCAGACAACUGAUCCAGAACCAAAGCCUGAGUGUCAGAAUCAGGCCUUAUUGGUAUCUUGAACAGGUGCUGUUUGACUGUUUCUUGAGAAAGAUCAGCUUCAAGAAUGGAUGGGAAAUGUGGUUUAUUGUGAUUACCUCUAGGCUGAUUUUCUAGAUGAUUUGUGAAGCUGUGUCUAGAAGAUGAGCAACUAAGGAUUCUGUCCAGGUCUCAUAGCUAUUUGCCUUAAAAACCUAUUUGCAAAUUUAGGGAUUAAGAGGCAGUGUUCCAUGAGUGGUCUGAUCUAAAGAUGCAUGGUUGGUCUAGAAAUAGUUUUAUACUUAAUGUUGACUACUAUUAUUCCUACAUGGAGCAGUUAUUAUAUGAAUACUGAGAAGCUAUUUUUUUCUUAUGUAAAAUAUAGUUACAUACAUGUUUUGUAGGUAAUAUUCAAUAAGUUGACUGGAUAAUAUACAGUUGAACUUUUUCUUUUCAGUUGUAAACUGAGCUUAACAGGAUGGUAAUGAAAGGAAUGAUAAAACAGCAAACAUCCACCAAAAUGCUGUUUUCCCACUUUUUGCUUUAUGUAGCACUUGGCUCAGUAGCUUAUCAUAUUAUUCAUUUAAUAAAUAUUUAUAAGGUAUUAUACCAGCUGCUAGGGAUAAAAGGUAAGUGAAACAGUCACUCUCCUUAGAAUUUAUAAUCUAGUCAAGGUGGAUGUUGAAAUAACCAUGUGAACAUGUAUAAAAUUAUGACUAUAGUAGGGGUUUCAAAGAUAGAGCUACAAGCACACGUAGCAGGUAACUGCCCUAGUCUGGGAGUCAGAGAAGGCCCGUCUGAGGAAAUCAUUUCAGCAAUGGCCUGAAAUAUGACUAGGAGUUAAUAAGGUGAUGGAGUGAACACCCUGUACACAAAGGCCUUGUGAGGUCCUAAAAAA